AGAUUCGGAAGAAAAAUUUAAAAAGACAAUCUUACAUCUUAUAAAAUGGAAGUGAAUAAUGAAGAAAUUGUCAUAUCUGGAAUAUCAGGAAGAUUUCCAAACUCCAAAAACGUAAAAGAAUUUGAAAAUAAUUUAUUCAGUAAAGUGGAUAUGACGGAUGAAGACGAAAGUCAUUGGAAACAUUUUUCUGAUGAGGUUCCACGAAGAUUUGGAAAAGUUCCGAAUUUAGAAAAGUUUGAUGCUGCUUUUUUCUCAACAUUAAAUAAGCAUGCUAAUUGGACUGAUCCUCAACUGAGAAUUCUACUCGAACAUUCGUACGAGGCAAUUCUUGAUGCUGGUGUCUCACCACAAUCGCUGAUUGGAGGGAAAACUGGAGUUUUUAUUGGAUUGAGUAUGAGUGAUGCUAAGGAUACAUUUACUCAUUGUGUUCCACCAAAAGAUGGAUAUCUGGUCUUGGGGAGUUCUGGAUUUUAUAUGUCAAAUCGAAUAUCUUAUGCUCUUGGACUAUGUGGACCAUCAUUUACAGUUGAUACAGCUUGUUCUAGUUCGGCAUAUGCACUCGAUUGUGCUUUUCGGUAUAUGGAAUCAGGACUUUGCGAUUCAGCACUAGUUGGUGGUUCUCAGAUAAUUUUAGGAAAUAGAACAACGAUGGAGUAUUCACGGUUAGGAAUUUUGGCAAAAGAUGGAAUUUCAAGACCAUUCGAUGAGCAUGCCAGUGGAUUCACACGAGCAGAAACAAUUUGUGUCAUGUUUCUUCAGAGACGUAAAGAUUCAAAGCGAAUUUAUGCAAAUGUUGUAUACAGCAGUUCCAAUAAUGAUGGAUUCAAGGAAGGAGGAUCUACAUUUCCAUCGAAAAUCAUGCAACAACAACUGAUGGAAAGUUUUUACAAGAAAAUAAAAUUUGAUCCAUCAAACGUCAAUUAUGUUGAAGCACAUGCAACAGGCACUAAACUUGGUGAUCCUGAAGAAUUGGCUGCUAUUGAUAAAGUUUUUAAUAUCGGAACAGAAAGGUCAAUAAAAUUAACCGUUGGAAGUGUAAAAUCAAACAUGGGACAUGCAGAAGCUGCAUCAGGAAUGUCAUCAUUGACAAAAAUUUUACUUUCUUUUGAAAAUCAGAAAUUUCUACCAAACAUCAACCUGACAUCAAUACGAUCUGAUGUACCAGCAUUUACUGAGGGACGUAUAAAAGUUCUAACAGAAGUUGAAGAUCUUCAUGGAGAAUAUAUUGCAAUGAAUUCAUUCGGCCUUGGUGGUGGAAAUGCUCAUUCACUGUUCAAAGGAAAUAACAAAGUUAAGGUCAAUUUUGGAAUUCCAGAUGAUGACCUUGGGCGAAUGGUAUUAUGGUCGGGAAGAACAGAGGCAGCAAUCAAUGUUAUUUUUGAUGACAUUACUUUACGUCCACUCGAUGCUGAAUAUAUUGCACUUUUUCAUAACUCACAAAUUCAAACAGCAAGUUCUAAUGCUUAUCGUGGCUAUGGAAUGUUUGUCAAAGAUGAAGAAGACACAAAUGCUGUUUGUGUUAGACGAAACAUUCAACACUUCAAUGGUUCACGACGUCCAGUUGUAUUCGUUUAUAGUGGAAUCGGUAGUCAGUGGAUUGAAAUGGGUAAAGACUUGAUGAAAAUUCCUCUUUUUGCUCAGUCAAUAGAAAACUCUCACAAUAUUUUAAUGACAAAAGGAAUCGAUCUUAAAAAGAUCAUAACAUCUUCAAAUAAUGAAACGUUUGAUGAUGUGCUGCAUUCUUAUGUUGGGAUAGUUGCAAUGGAAGUUGCACUCACUGAUAUUCUUAAGGAACUCAAUAUUGUUCCUGAUUAUAUUAUUGGACAUUCAGUUGGUGAAAUUUGUUGUGCAUAUGCUGAUAAUUGCCUCACUCCAGAAGAAACAAUAUUGACAGCUUAUGCUCGAGGUGAAGCAAGUGUUGAAUCAAAAAUAAUUCAUGGUGCUAUGGCAGCUGUUGGAUUAAGUCAUUCAAAAUUAAAGAAAAAAUUACCACAUGACAUUGACAUUGCAUGUCAUAAUGCUGAAGACUCAUGCACAAUCAGUGGACCUGUUAAAAGCAUUCAUGCAUUUAUGGAUGAACUAAAGAGAGAAAAGAUUUUUGCAAAAGAAGUUGCUUGCUCAGGGGUUCCAUUGCAUAGCCGUUAUAUUAAGGAAAUGGGACAAAAUCUUCACAAGAAUCUAAAAAAAGUCAUCAAAGAUCCGAAACAACAUUCAGGAAAAUGGCUUAGUUCUACGUAUCCUAAAGAUAUGUGGAAUCAGAAUGAUGUUUUAGUAUCAUCAGCUGAGUACCAUACCAACAAUCUUCUCAAUCCUGUCUUGUUCCAGGAAGUCACAGAAAUGUUGCCAAAUGAUUCAUUAAUGAUUGAAGUAGCUCCAUCUGGACUGUUAAGGGCUAUUUUGAAGAGAAAUUUAAAGGAAGGAGCUUACAUAAAUUUGACUGAAAGGAAUUCAAAUGACGGAUUGAAACAUUUUUUUGAAGCACUUGGAAGCAUUUUUCAACAUGGAAUUGAUAUGGACAUAUCAAAACUGUAUCCACCAAUCAGCUUUCCAGUUUCAAGAAGUACUCCAAUGAUUUCUCAUAUUAUCAAAUGGAAUCAUGAAGAUAAUCAUUUUGUUCCUUUUAUGAACACAUUUAAUGAAUUUGAGAGACACACGAUCAUCAUCAACAUCAGUGAUAAAAACUUUGAAUUUAUUCAAAAUCAUAUUGUAGAUGGUCGCGUGCUGUUUCCAGCAACUGGUUGGAUUUUCCUUGUAUGGGAAACAUUUUCAAAAAUGUACGGGAUUCAUUUUGAAAAGAAUAAAGUGAUAAUGGAAGACUUGCAAUUCUUGAAAGCGACUCCAAUGGAAAAGAAUCAGGAUAUUCUUAUAACUAUUUCCAUACAUCGUUCGUCAGGAAGUUUUGAAAUCAUUGAAGGCACAACAGCUAUUGCUAAAGGUAUAAUUAAGCAAGCAGAAAAUAUAGAAAUGUCUAAAAUCACACCUCACGACAGUCCAGAGACUUUUUCUGGUGAUGCUUUUUAUCAGGAAUUACGUCUUUGUGGAUUCUAUCAUUUAGGGCCAUUUAAAGGUGUGACAGAAAUGCAAUAUGAUGGAUUACAAGGAAAAAUCAAGUGGAUGAAUAAUUGGAUAUCAUUUUUGGACACAGUUACACAUUUCAACAACAAAAGAAUUCUAUUAUCUAAAGAAGUUGGCGUGCCAGUAAGAAUGAGAAAACUUGUUAUUGAUCCAAUUCUACAUUACAAGAUGGUAAAAGAGAAGAUCAAGCAAUCAAAAUCUAUUAAUAAUGAGAAUGUAGAUAUCACAUUUGAUGUUGUAGUUUGUCCAUAUCGACAAAUUAUAAACGCAGGUGGAGUUGAAGUUCAUGAAAAAGGACAUCAAGGGAUACAGCGCAGAAAGAAAAAUCAGCCAUUACUUGAGAUUUAUAAAUUUGUUCCAUAUACAUCUGAGGAAGAGAUGUCGUUAGAUAAUGCAUCUAAGAUCAUAAUUCAAAUGAUUAUUGAUAAAGCUUUUUCGACCAAAAUUACAAUUACAGAAUUUGAUGAUGAAGAGCUGGACAAGAAGUCAUUGUUGUGUGAUUAUUUACAAAAAGCAAUCAAUGGAAUUCCUCAAGUAGUUGGUGAUAUCACUUUAAUAACAUCAAUAACCGAUUUUCAAAUUAAGGAUGUCACGAUUAGCACAGAAGACUUAACAUCUUUCAGAGGAAUUGAUUUGCUUAUUAAAAGGAAACUGAUUGGUGAUUAUAAAAGUUUUGAAGAUCUUAAAUCAGUCAUGAACGUUAAUGGAUACAUGAUUUCUAGAGAAUCUCAAGAUUUGUGUAAUAUUCCACAUGAAGAUGUACAACUAAUUUCGAAAAUCAAAAUAUCAAACGAAAUACUUCAUAUUCUACAAUUUAAGGAAGAGUCUCAUCAGCCUGCCAACUACAACAUAAUUGAAAUUACACAAAAUGUUAAUGAAUGGCUUGAACCAUUAAAAAAAUCAAUCCAGGAAUCGUCAACGAUCAUAUUUGCUUAUAACCGUGAGCCAUCAGGAAUUCUCGGAUUCAUUAAGAGCCUAAAGCUUGAAUAUCAAGGAAAAUUUAAAUGCUUCUUCAUCAUGGACAUGAAAAAUGCGCCUCAUGAUUUUGACAUUAAUAGUGAUUUCUUUGCAAAGCAGUUAGCCUUUAAUGAUACAAUAAAUGUAUUCAAGGAUGGAAAAUGGGGAGGUUACAGGCACUUGAAUAUGCCUCAAACUAAUGAAUCUAUUCCACGAUUAAUGCAUUGCUUUGCAGAUUGCCUUUUUAAAGGUGAUCUUUCUUCAUUAACCUGGAUUGAAGGAUCACUUGACAUCAGUAAAUCCAAUUUGGUUAAUAUUCAGUAUGCUUCAUUAAACUUCAAAGAUGUCAUGUUGGCACUAGGAAGAAUAACUGUCAAUAAAGAAGGAACUGUAAUAGAAGAAGCUGCAUGUCUAGGAUUUGAAUUUUCCGGAACAAAGCAAAACGGCAAAAGAGUCAUGGGAAUAGCAAGUAAUGCUGGUGCUUUAGCUACACAUUAUGAUGCUGAUCAUGCAAUGCUAUGGAACGUUCCAGAUUCAUGGACAUUAGAAGAAGCAGCAACAGUUCCACUUGUAUAUUUUACAGUAUAUUUUGCAUUUUUUAACAUUACAAAAAUUAAAGCUGGAAAGAAAAUUUUAAUUCAUUCAGGAACUGGUGGUGUAGGACAAGCGGCAAUUGAAGUUGCAUUAGCAUAUGGAUUAGAAGUCUACACAACUGUUGGAACUGAAGAAAAAAGGAAUUUCCUUCUGAAAAGAUUUCCAAAAUUGAAACCUGAAAAUAUUGGAAAUUCCCGAGAUUUAAGUUUUGAGAAAAUGGUCCUUGAAAAUACAAAAGGCAAUGGUGUCGAUUAUGUCCUAAACUCUUUAUCUGGUGAAAAGCUACAAGCUUCAAUUCGUUGUAUGGCAGUGAAUGGGACAUUUUUAGAAAUAGGGAAAUAUGAUAUUCAAAUGGGAACCAAUUUAGAAAUGAGAUAUUUAAGUAAACGAAUAACUCUUAAGGCUGUCAUUUUUGAUGAUGUAACUAUGGAUCAAGAUGAAAAAAAGAAUGUCUAUGAUGCGGUUGAAAGAGAUCUCAAAUCAGGAAUAAUAAAGCCUUUAAGUGUGACAGUUUUCGAUGUAAAUAAAAUUGAAGAUGCCUUUAGGUUCAUGACAACUGGUCAUCAUAUAGGAAAAGUGGUGCUUAAAAUUAGACAAAAUGAGAACGAUCAACAUUCAUUGCCCUUAAAUUCAUCAAGUCGAGUUUACUAUAAUGCUAAUGAGUGUAUCAUAAUUCCUGGUGGUCUUGGAGGUUUUGGAAUUGAAUUAACUGAGUGGCUCAUAUCUAGAGGAUGUAGGAAAUUUGUCUUGAGCUCGAGCAGAGGGAUAUCAAAUGAUCGUCAGGCUUAUAAAAUAAAACUCUGGGAUUCUCUUGGCGCAAAAGUUAUUGUGAGUACAGCGAAUAUAGCAACAGAAGAAGGAUGUAAGGAAUUGAUUGAAAAAUCAAUGGAACUUGGAUCAGUUAGUGCUAUAUAUAAUCUUGCUGGUAUUUUACGUGACAAACUGUUUGAUGAUUUGGAUGAAAAAGUUAUUAAUGAAACGCUCGCACCAAAAGCAAUAGCGACAAAAUAUUUGGAUCAAGUAUCGCGAAAUCUAUGUCCAAAUUUAAAACAUUUUGUUGUAUUUUCAAGUGUCGCAUGUGGACGUGGUAAUAUUGGUCAAAGUAAUUAUGCAAUGGCAAAUUCAAUAAUGGAAAGAAUAAUUGAAAAAAGAAAUCGCGAUGGAUUUCCAGGAAAAGCAAUUCAAUGGGGUGCAAUAGCUGAUGUUGGAAUGCUUGCUGAAGAACAACUUAAAGACAUAAAUAAAGACUUUGGUGGAUCAAUUCCUCAACCUAUUCAUUCAUGUUUUGAUGUGCUUGAUGUUCUUCUUUUAUCCAACAAUCCCAUUGUCUCGAGCAUGAUUGUUGCUGAUAAGAAAACAAGUAACAAGAAAAAUGGAAAUGUCAUUGAUAUAAUUUUCAAUAUCAUGGGAAUUCGAGAAGGAAAAUCAAUUUCAAUGUACUCGACAUUGACACAAUUAGGUAUAGACUCAUUAACAGGAGUUGAAAUACAGCAAACAAUUGAGCGUGAAUUUGACAUUUCGUUAACAUCACAAGAAUUACGAUCACUAACUUUAAAUCAAUUAACUGAAAGAGUUUCAUCGAAGAAUGAUAAAAAAAUUAAAGAUGAUAAAGAAAUUUUAUUGACUGAAAACUGGAUGACAAUAAUGUUAGAUGGAGUAAUCGAUGACAAUGCUAGCCUGAUAACAUCAGAAAUAAUUGUAAAAGCAAAUGAUGUACAGAAUAAUUUAAAUACAAAAGUUUUGAUAGUACCAGGAUUGAUUGGAUAUGCUGCAAAUGUUUACCGCAACAUAGCAAAGCAGUUAGAUUUUCCAGUUUAUAUAUUGCAACUAAUAGAUACAGUUGAAAGCAAGAGCAUUAGUGAAAUUGUAGAUAAUUUAUUGCAACAUAUUUUAGACUUUUAUUCAGAUGCGGAUAAUUUUAUUCUUAUUGGACAUUCAUUUGGUACUCUUUUAACUUUAAAGUUUGCAAAGGAACUAGAAAAUUUGGGAAAGACUGGACAAAUCAUUCAAUUAGAUGGAUCUCCAAAAUUCUGUAAUCAAUAUGCUUUGGGAAAUAUUCACAAAGAAAAGUUUUCUAAUAUUAAUAACUUCAUAUCCAUGAUUAUAUUCAAUAAUUAUCAAAAGUAUGUUGAUCCAGAAAUAACAAAAAUUGCUUUUAAAAGUCACAACACUUGGGAAAAAAGAUUAAAAGCCAUGAUAUCUGCUGAAAAUACAUUACCAGUCACCCAUGAAACAUUAAUGAAUGAAGUAUCAAUAUCUUAUAUUAAUCGACUUGACAUUGCACUUCAUCUCAAAAAUGAUGAAUUUCCAAUUUUGAAAACAACAACAAUUUCGUUAAUUAAAUCGACACAACCUCCAGUUGUAGGACUUCCUGAUGAUUAUGAAUUAUCGAUAUUUUCAACUCAGAAAGUUUUCAAAACAUUUGUUUCUGGUGAUCAUGUUACAUUUCUUCAAAAUCCAGAGUUGAUCGAAAUUGUUAAAAAAUUGAUGUCGUUUUAAGGAACUUAAAGAUGUAUCUCUGCUACGGUCGCUGCUACUGACGGUUUUUGUUGCAUUUUUGAACACUUGUUUGCAAUAAUAAAAUUAAACCCCGUUAAAAAUAGUAUAGAAAAAUCCCAAUGCUAGCAAACAGAAAUUUUUGAGUUCUUAUUAUUCGAACUUCGAAUUUUUGAGGUUCUUAUUUUUCGAAAAUCGAAUCUUCGAAGUUCUUAUUUUUAAAAAAAAUCGUUGUGAAUUAUUAUUUUUCGAGUAAUUUGUAAUUUUAGUGAACAUUCCCACUAGUUUUUAUGAUUAAGAUAAUCUCUGUGAUGAAAUUGCAUUCCUUAAAUGUUUAUGCUUUAAAAAACAGCUAGUUUAAAAAAUAUAAAAAGUAACGGACUUUCUUAUUUUGAAAUUUUAAAAAAAUACCACGCGAAAAUUUUGAAUUUUUUUUGUUUGCAACGGACUCUGUUCUCUUUGCUAACAUUGGGAAAAUCAUGGCAGUUAUUGAUAAAUCUCCCUCAUUAUGGCUUUUGGGGCACAUUUCAGUCAAACAGUUUCAUCAUAAAUAAAACCACAAUUCUGUAAAUUAAACUCGUCCC